CGGCGGCAAAACAAAGAAAGAAACCCUAGCCUUUUGCAAACUCCUUGAAAACCCUAAAGCCUACAUUUGUCUCUGCUCUUUCUCUUUCUAGGCGACGAAGCAACUGAGGCCCAGGCCUCUUCUCUGUGGAAAACAUUUGGGUUUCCUUGUUAAGGUUUAUAGCAAGUUAAAGGGCGGAAAAAAAUCAGCUUGGCAUCAUGGGCCGUAUGCAUAGUCGUGGGAAAGGUAUUUCCUCUUCGGCAUUGCCAUACAAGAGGACUCCCCCUAGUUGGCUCAAGAUAUCUGCUCCUGAGGUGGCGGAAAGCAUUUGCAAGUUUGCUAAGAAGGGUUUGACCCCCUCUCAGAUAGGUGUUAUCCUUCGUGAUUCACAUGGCAUUGCUCAGGUCAGAAGUGUCGCUGGAAAUAAGAUCUUGAGAAUUCUCAAAGCUCACGGUCUUGCUCCAGAAAUACCAGAGGAUUUGUACCAUCUUAUUAAAAAAGCAGUAGCUAUCAGGAAGCAUCUUGAGAGGAACCGAAAGGACAAGGAUUCCAAGUUCAGGUUGAUUUUGGUUGAGAGUAGGAUCCAUCGAUUGGCUCGAUACUACAAGAGGACAAAGAAGCUUCCACCUGUUUGGAAGUAUGAGUCUACCACAGCCAGCGCACUGGUGGCUUAGGUUGAUUUCAGAAGGCCGGGACUCUCCAAGUUGCUUUGCUUCUAUUUCUUCUCCCAAACAAAGAGGAAAACCAAUUUCUUGUUCUUUUUGUUUUCCUUUUCUCUAUUGGGCUGUUUUAUUGAAACCCUAGUUCAAUGGAGUCUUUUUAAGUGUCCUUUUUAUUGAUGAAAAUUUUGUGGUAUCAGCAGGAUCUUAUGGCUGAAUUUGUUGAGCAAGUAGUAAGAAAAUUUAGUAGCUCAAGUUUUGUAACCUCUUUAUCACCAGUUUAGAGAGAUUACAUUGUACUAUGCUA